AUGUCUUCCGAUAGCAGUAGAACAUCAAUAAGAGCUAGGACGAUAGCCAUUGUAGGCGCUGGACCAUCGGGUGUGGCGGCAGCAAAAUACCUCCGAGCUGAGAAGGCUUUUGAUAAGAUCGUGCUGUUUGAACAACGGAGUCGAUCAGGUGGGAUCUGGAUAUAUACAGGCGAACAGCGGGACGAGAAUCUCUUCGACAUACCUCAGACCAACCCCAAUAAAGACGUUCAAAAACCAGAGUGGCAAUCCAAAGAUGCAGUAAUGAAUGGGAACAUUGAUACGGAUGGCAUCAACGGAACUUCGAAAAUUCCCUCCUUUUUGUCGCCAAUGUACGAAAAGCUCGAAACGAAUAUACCUAGAGGACUAAUGGGCUUCCAAGACCUGGAUUGGCCCGCGGAUAGUCAACUCUUUCCUACUCAUGAGACAGUACUUAAAUAUAUCGACGAUUACUCCGCGGAUGUGCAAGACCUCGUUCGAUACUGUACACAAGUCAUCAAUGUCAGUCCAGUGGACCUCGAUGUCGCCAGCAGCCCAUGGGAAGUAACUACGCGUAAUCUACUUACGAACGAAGAUACUUCCGAAGUCUAUGACGCAGUUGUAGUAGCAAAUGGCCACUUUAUAGUUCCCUACAUCCCACCCAUGGCCGGUAUCAAAGAGUGGGCUGCACAGCACCCCGGUCGCAUUAACCAUUCGAAAUAUUACCGGAAGCCCGAGGACUUCACCGGAAAGAAGACAAUAGUGGUGGGAAACUCAGCGUCUGGCGCAGACGUCAGCGCCCAGAUCGCUGAGUUCUGUCAAACGCCGCUCUUGUGGUCCACAAGAUCGCAGUCCAUGUUCAGCGCAACCCACGGAACAGCAGGCGAAGACCAGAAGAGACGAGAAGUUCCGCCUAUCAAACAGUUUCUUCCUAACAGUAGAGGCGUAAUGCUUGAAGACGGAACAGAAGAACACGACAUCGAUGCCAUAGUUUUUGCUACCGGAUACUUCUACAGCCUACCCUUCCUGCAAGACGUAGAGCCCAAACUCAUUACCACCGGCGAAAGAGUAAACCAUACAUACCAGCAUGUCUUUUACGCCCCUCGGCCGACCCUAAGCUUCCUCGCCCUCAAUCAACGCGUUAUCCCUUUCCCAGUAGCAGAAGUGCAAUCUGCCGUCCUCGCACGCGUAUAUUCCGGCCGUCUCUCGCUCCCCUCACAUUCUGAAAUGCGCGACUGGGAGCAAAGCAUCGAGGAGGAAAUGGGUGCAGGACGGAACUUCCAUCUCUUGCCGUUCCCCAAAGAUGCCAACUACAUCAACGCAAUGAGUAAGUGGGCAUUGAGCGCUGAGAGCAAGGAUGGGUUGGAAAACGGAGGCAAGGGAAAGACACCACCGAUGUGGGGCGAGUGGGAGUACUGGUGUCGCGAGAACUUCCCUAAGAUACGGCAGGCAUUUGGAAAGAUGGGGGAGAAGAGGAGGGAGAUUAGAGAUGUGAAGGAGCUAGGCUUUGACUUUGAAGAGUAUCAGAAAGAACAGGCACAGCAGAAAGACAUGGACAAGAAAGGCGAGGAGCUAAUAUAA